AUGGUUUCGAGCCUCGCUGCUCAGCUCGCCAAGGGCGCGUCCCUCAACACCAAUGCUCUCGUUGAAGGCUCGCGAAGGAAGGCAACCGAGUCAUACCUCUUCACGGGCCGCGAUGCCGACCAGCAUGAUCUCGACACUCUUCAUGCACUCAGUUUCAAUGCCUUUCGCCAACUUCGCUCAUUGAGCCCGAGCCUCCAUGAAUACGAGGGCCAACUAUUUUCGGACGCUGCAAGAGCGACUGACAGGACGUUGUUGACGCAGGACGAGGUCGCUCGGUUGGAUACUACAAUCGACUCGCUGCUACCACUACUUGGGCCAUAUCUACCAGAAGGUCCAACAGGAAAGGUACUGGAGUGGUUAGUACGACGAUUCAGAAUAAAUGAGUUCAAUGUCGACGGUGUCCUGGCACUUUUCCUGCCAUACCACGAAUCCCCGCAUUUCGCCAAGAUGCUGUCGAUUCUCCAUAUCAAACCCAAUUCCAUGUGGUCAUUUCUCAUUCCCUUUCAAUCUGCUGCACAACCUGUCCCGCGCCCACCGCUGGUCACGGAGCUGCUGAAGCGUGAAAACUCGGAUGCAAGGAGAUUCAUCAUUGGGCUCCUACCAACUGCUAUCAAGCGAAAUUACGUGCACCACACCCUUCUUGCUUUCAACGCAGCCACCCUUCACGACUACCUUGUUCGUGGCAAAUCAGUCGACGAGGGCACUCUCGCACACCUUCUCCCGGCUCUUAUAGAGCCGCUACAAAACCGCACAGAUGCAGUGGGACGAGAUGCCAUCCUCGGCAGCUACAUCCUACUCUCCGCUCUAUCGCAAACUUGUAAACUUCAGCCUCAGGCCCUUAGGACUAUUGUUCAUCUAAUGAGCAACUGCGCGCGGCGUGUCGAGACUAAACAAUUCGUCAAUGCUGUCAUCUCUGUCUGCGAUGCCCAAGACCAGCUCGACACCUUCAACGAGACGACAUGCAAGAAUGUAUUAAAACUUCCGAACAUUGACGAAGAGUUGCGAAUCGCUGAGAAGUGGGCUGGUAUCGACAAAUUCUACAACCCCUUGAUUUCAAUCGCAUGUACUCGACUCGAGGCAGACGAAUCCGCCUACUCCGUCCUGGAAUGCAUCGUCGGCUCCCCGACAGUCCCCACAACUAGUGUUGGUCACCUAACGGCUCUUCUCUUGGGAAAAGCCGUCGAGUCAACGGAAUCAAGCAUUCCCGUUCGUCGCCUGCUAUCUCAUAUCGCACAAAUACACCCGGAUACUCUCAAAGCGAUCGCUGAUGCUCAAGACGACCAAGAACAAAUUGACAAUCUAAUCCUGACACUGUCGGCCCCUCAAACUUCAGCAUUGCUCCAAAGCGACGAAGGAAAUGUUGUGGACUCACUGAGUGCUGACGAGCGUGUUCGUGCCGCUGCCGUAAAGGAGCUGCUCAAGACUGCGAAGUCAAAAGAACUGGAAGAUCCUGACCUCAACUCCCUCUACGCUGCUCUACUUACCCGUGUUCAAGACAAUAGUCAGACCGUUCUGAAAGCACUUUACGCCGAUGAAGGGGUUGAUAGUGUCAUGGUUCGCGCCGCCUUGUCAGAUCCACAAAGUUACAUCACCAAUCUUGCUCUCGCUUUGCAAGGGAAGCCAAAGCGCCAGACUCUGCAGUUACAGAUGCGCUUGCUCAGCUUAGUCACGCCGCGCUAUGGGGCUCCGUUUCAGGAGGAUAUCUUCCAUCGACUCGUGUUCCCGUUCCUGCUGUUUUCCAAAACGAGACAACAUUCUGCGGAGGUUGUGUGGUCUUCGACAGCUAAUGCGUUCGAACUGCUGAAGGGUUGUGACGCAGUCAAGCAGCGGGCUCAGGAAGCCGAAACAGGUCAGGACAACAAGAUGGAGCGGAUAAAUCAGGCCAUCGCAAUCAAGCUCGCAGAAAACAUCAUCGCUUCCAAUCAUUUCAGCACUCACCUCAAUGCGCUCACCAGGAAACUUCAAGACUCUGAUCCACACGUUCGCGUUCUUGCAUAUCUGAUCGUUCGGGAAUUGCUUCCACGUUUGGAGGGUAAACACCAAAUAGACGCGGCUAACCAGGUGAUAGAGGCCAUCAAUGUGCAGAAACUCCCCGAACUUGAUGAGUCCAAGCUUCAGGGUCAGAGUAUUGAAGAGUAUUUGAGCGACGCAAACUUGCACCGCAUGGCUGUCCACAAAACCACCAGCAAAACUACCACACAUUGGUUACAGGUUUCUGCUCUUGCUCUUAUACCGACUAUCUCGCGACCGGCGGAUCAAACCAUUGACUGGUUCGCGGAAGAUGCAGACACCCUUCCCGCCCUCUACGUGAAACUGCAAAGAGUUGUAUACAAAGCCACCAGUUCGACAUCUCGUCUUCCUCACGUGACCAUUGGCCUGUUGUCUUUACUUUUCGUCCAUCUCAAAGAUGAUGCUCUUGCAUUCCUCGCUGGCCUCUGUGUCACUGACCGCGACGUCGAUGGCGCCAUCUCUGUCGUUGCUUUGCGACACGCUUUGGCAUUCCUCCAGGCACACAAGGCGGAGUCGGAUGGUGUUGAUUUCCAGACGAUAGUCCCUGCGCUUAUCGUGUGUCUUCAACAUCCUGUCGCUGCUGUGCGAAUAGCCACGCUUGACUGUGUCGAAAUCUUGAAUGGACUGGCAGAGAACAAGUUCUCGACUGUAUAUGCGUUUGACGUCAUUUACGGGACUGAGAGUGAAGCGCAGUUACAAUAUCUGUCGCAGGCCGACCUCAAACGAUAUCUGGCCGCUCUCGUGGAUCACAAAGACCACAUUAUGCUUGAUGCUGGUUUUGUCCAGGUAUUCCAUAGCCAACACCUAAAGCGGUCGACCGCGGAUAAAAGGAAGGAAAUUGAGUACAAGCAGCGCAUCUUGUGCUAUCUCUUGUCUCACGUUUCUGUGCUUGGUCUUCUCUCCAUGAGAAUCUCGCUUCUAGAGUCGUUGCGCGAUGUGUCCGACAGCGCCAGAACCGAAGUAAUUGCUGAAUUAUUGGCAUCAUUGGGCGACGGCGGUGUUGCAAUUCCAGUUGGCACUCCAAUGGAACGAUUUGCUGCUCUAGCGUUAUCGUCUUUCGAUGCGUCCGCUGCGUCGAACUUGAACGACACCAAAUCAACGCUUUGGGACAUCUUUGUAUCGGCGCUUAAGAGACAUCUUCAAUCGGAUGGCUAUUCUCCAGCCUGUCGAACCAUGCUUCUCGCGGGUCUGGAACGCAACCUGCUUGCCAGUCUCUCGAUUGAUCGAAAACUUGUUGUUUGCACUUUAUUGCUUGAUGCUGGCAUCGCCGAUACGGACAUGUAUCUCCCUUCCAAGAGAGUCCUUGCGAUUGCUUUCAGCGAUAUAUCUCUGGUUCAUCGACUUUUGACUUCGAUCAAACCUAAUGCGGCCUCAAGUCCCAGAGCCAGUAAACGUGUUAAGCUGACAGAGCCGUCUGAUGAUCCAUUGCCUCGUCUCAGUCUCUUGGCGGAAGUUCUUGCUGGUAUAUCGCUCCCUGGCUCAAUCGAACUUGUCUCGCGACUGCUUGAGACGCUGCAUAGCAUUGUCCAAUCUCCUGCGGAGACAGAUAUCGACAUAAGCUACAUUGAACAGUCCCUUAUGUCCGCUGUCGAACAUGUCGCAGAUAAAAUCACGGAAAUACCCAAUCUUUCUCCAGGCACCAUACAUCUAGAUAUACUGGUGGAGCUUAUCCGCGUGGCGGACAAUCCCCAAACGUUCAAUCAAGCUUUGCUGUUGAUGGCGACGCUCGCACGGCUGGCACCAGACUCGGUUCUUCACAAUGUCAUGCCGGUGUUCACAUUCAUGGGCUCAAAUGUCUUUCACCGCGAUGAUUCGUAUAGUUUCAAAGUUGUGCAAAAGACUAUUGACAGCAUUGUUCCAGUCAUGGUGUCCUCACUGAAGCAGUCGUAUUCCGCUCGCCUGGAUCUAUAUAUCGCCUCACGUGACUUCCUUCGGGUGUUUACGGAUGCCUCAAACCAUAUUCCGCGACAUCGACGAACACAUUUCUUUGGACAUCUUGUUGAUGUCCUGGGUCCCGUCGACUUCCUUGCGCCGUUAUGCAUGCUUCUAACCGAUAAAUCAGCAAACCGCAUCGCUCGUCAAAGUCCUGAUGAGACGCAAAAUCUAUUGUCUUUACCGAUAUCCGUUCUCCAUCGACAUCCUGCGACUGUGCAGACGUUUGUACUGACCGAGAUAUUACGUGAAGCACAGCGACUGGUUGCGCGAUCUCUCGACUCGGAAAACCUAGAACCUUGUGUACUGGACACAACAUUGGACGAUGAACAGCAACAACCAAGCGCCACAGUGUUUAGAAAAAGGGCUCAUGCGCUUGUAGUACUUGCUGGACAUGCAGUCAAGACACUUACCUCGGACGUUGAAGGCCUCGUGGAUGGUACAAUCAGCAAUCUAGUGUCGCUCCUUAUAGCGUUGUCGGCGACUGGGGGCGUUGAAGAAAUUACAUCAGCAGCCCGUAUGACACUCAAAAAGGCACUGUCCUGUAUGCCGGUGGCAGAUUUCGUUGAUGCGGUUCUCUCCAUCUUGAAAUCGCAAGAAAGCGAGGUGCAAAUCGGCGUACUUGUGCUAUUUAGCGAACGCCUCGAUCAAGUAGCAAAGGGCGCCCGAAUCAAAGUCUCAUCGAGAAUUAAUGAAAUCAUCGGCGAGAUACGCAAGCAUCUGCUUGUGCAUUCUGAAGGACCACUCGCAGCAUCGAGCUUCCAAGCCAUUCGGUCGAUCGCAUUGACCAUGGCCCCUGGUGAAGAGGGUCAGCUGACAUCUGUUGUACCCUUUAUUUUGUCGGCCUUGAAGAGCCAAAGAACAGCAGAACCCGCACUUGGUGCUCUAGCUCCCUUGUGCGUCCAAUUGGGACCUCGUUUAAUUCCAUCCUUCCGCGACAUUGUCACGCAAUGCACUGCUCUUCUGCGGGAGGGCUUUGCAAGUCAAGGGCCAUUAGAAGUCUUCCAUGGGCUCCUGACCUCAAUCCCCAAAUUCUGGAGCACCGCCGAACUAGGGCUGGUGUUGAGACUGUACAUUGACAAGCACACAUCAUCGUCCUUGAGUGCUUUUAUGAAAACGGUCACCAAACGCGCACCGACACCAGUACUUUUGACAGCACUAUCAGAGCUCUGGCCCUCCGUUCAAUCGGACCCCCACAUUGACCGCGUUGUGGGGUACUUUGACCUGCUAAAGCGAGCGCUACGGGGCGGGGCUAGACCUGCAGUGCAAGAUAACGUGCGAUUGUUGUUCAAAAUCUUCCAGGAAGGCUUCGAUCUCGAUGUUGUUAUUCCUCACGGCGAGGUGGAAACACAGGCCAAGAAGCAGUCGAUAACGGCGUUUGUCGAGCUUGUGGUGAAGCUCAACGAGGCCUCUUUCCGGCCCCUCUUCCGGAAACUUUACGAUUGGGCAUUCGCGGACGAAACAUCACAAACAAAACGCAAACUUACGUUCUGCAACGUCUAUACGGGCCUGUUGGACUACUUCAAGGGCCUUAUGAACCCAUAUAUGUCCUUCCUCCUCCCAUCAUUUGUUUCCACGCUGAAGGGCUACUCGAACAACAAAUCGUCCGAGUCCGCGCUAUGGCAAGGUAUCCUGGAGAUUUUUGCGAAGAGUCUCGUCUCGGAUGACGGGGCGUUCUGGCGGGACGACAAGCUCCGCCUAGUCACGCCCUCGCUGAUCGAGCAGGUCCCUGUGUGUGUGCGGUUAGGAACUGAUAAGGACAGAGAACUGCUGAGCGAGUGCCUGGUUGCCCUGGCUGAUAGUGCCACGGAUGACACCCUACUCAAGUCGCUCAAUCUUGACCUGUUGAUGCUGACACGCUCGGAAGACGUCCGCUUGCGGAUAUUCGCGCUCGAAUGUGCAACUGGCUUGUGGACCGCCCAUGGCGGCAAGUUCCUGCCCUUUGUGUCUGAAACGACAACCUUCAUUGCGGAAUGUAGCGAAGACGAACAUGAUGUGGUAGUGAGAGAGUCCCUGCGGUUGAAGAACGUGCUAGAGAGCAUUGCGGGUAAGAUAACCGGACUAUAA